UAGUGCAGAGGGGGAGUGGACUGUUCAGCCCUUAAAUAGCGAGUCUGCAUCGAUGCUCACUCUGGACAACUUUUUCAGGAAGUGCAACGUCGAAAUGGAGGAGGAAGCAACAUUGAUUUGAGUUCCACAUGCGUCCAUUAUUUCUCCCACGCCUUUUUCACACUGACAGAACAUCACAAAAAGAGUGAUGUAAAAAGAUAAAUCAAAAGAAACAAAUCUUCUUCUCUGCUGACGUUUGAUUUAAUUGUGCACCCCCUGACACCUUAAAAUUUGAACACAACUGACAGAAUUCAUUUAUUCAUUCAUUUGUUGGAUUUGAAAUGCCAGAUAAUAGGAUUGGAAAAAAUAUGAGUGAAAAAAAGUGGGAUGCUUUCGUCUUCUGGAAGCAGCAGCGAUCCUUGUUAGUUGCAACCUGUGCCACAGCGCUACAGCCAUGACAGUAGGCGUCUUUCUGUUACCAUGGCGAUGACGUCUUCCGUUUUCCGGUGAGGCGACAGGGCGUCCCAUUCCUGACGAUCGUAUUUAUACCCUCCCCCUUCAAUAAUAGGUGCCCUCCACGGCUGCGAGUGUGACUUCUUUUGGAGUGACACUCGGUAGUGGAGGGGGAGUGUGUAGGGGGCGGUUUGGGAUUCAGCCAGAGAAAGUUGAAAACCACGUUCUGAUACCUGAAAUUUUCACACGAAGAACGCCUGAACACAUAUUAAGCGGAACUGUAGAUUUACCCGUGUAGGUUCACGGACAUAUUUUAGCGACGGACCAAACAGGGAAGCGAGUGAAAAACAUCGGCUGAUUUGUUUACCCGCUUGUUGGUUUGUGUUUUGAACAGAGGGGUUGAAGUUAAGAGCAAAACUGAGGCUGGAAGAUGUGGAGAAGAAGCUCCGCUGAAAGCUCCGACCGGUUUGAAUAUUUACAGACUUUGGUGACGGAGUUUCAGGACACCGACAGCGAAGAGGCGAAGGAGCAGGUUCUGGCUAAUCUCGCCAACUUCGCUUAUGACCCAAAGAACAUGGAUUAUCUGAAGGAGCUGCAGGUGGCCGAUCUCUUCCUGGACAUGCUGACUGAGGACAACGAGAACUUUGUGGAGUUCGGGUUGGGCGGGCUGUGUAACCUCAGCAUGGACCCUGAGUGCAGAGACGUGAUCCUGCAGAGCGACGGCAUCAACUUGGUCACAAACUGCCUGUCCAGCCAGAGAGAAGAGACGGUUCUGUCGGCCGUCACCACCCUCAUGAACCUCGUCACGCCGUCGUCUCACUCCCAGAUCACCCAUCCGUCCAUCCUGCAGUGCAUGCUGCGCUUCUCCCUCUCAGAAAGCCCUCGACUUCGGAACCUGGCCGCCGUCUUCCUGCAGGACUGCUGCAGCGAGGAGCAGGUGAGCCGAGCCCAGCAGCAGAUGGAGGUCCAGCAGACGGCGGUCGGAAUCCCGCUGCCGAAGGACUGAACCACGGAGAGCAGCUGCUGCAUUACAGUCGACUCCAUCGGCCAGCCGGAUGCAGGCGCAGAUCUCCUCCCCCAUACGAGGAUCCUGAACGCCGACCACCUGCAGGACAGAAAGCAGAGAGUUAGUGGAUUAAAGAAGAAAAAACUAAAGUCAUGAGGAGAAAACAGGUGCACAGAGGCCACGAUAAAAGCCAGAUGUGGACACUGACGCGCUCUGCACUAAAAUAUGAAACGUUUAAUGAUUUUAUUCAUACUUUUUUCUUGCAUUUUUUUCUUAUUUUUUUUUUGCAUAGUCAUUUAAUUUUUUUGUACAAAUGAGUAGCUUUCAUCCUGUAAAACCCACUACUGCAGAAAUACAUCAGUUAAAUUUUUUAUUAUUAUAAAAAUAUAAUAAUUUUAUUAUAUAUUUUAUGUGGGGAAAAAAGAGCACAAAAUAAAUAAAAUAUUUUCUAUAUAUUUUACAAAUAUAUAUGCAUAUAUAUAUAUAUAUAUAUAUUAAAUUAAAAUUAUUUAUUUCUUUUUUGCUAUUUUUUUCUUUGUACAUUAUAUUUAAUAUACAUAUAUACACAUAAUUUUUAGUUUUAUUAAUUUUUUACAAUUUUUUUGCUAUAUUUGGGUUUAUAUAAUUUUUUUAUUUAUUUUCCAUGUAUGUAUUUAUGUAUUAUGCUUUAUAUAUAUAUAUUUUUUAAAUGUAUAGAACUUUAGUUUGAGUUUCAGUUUGAUCUUAAAAUCAGCAAAGUUUGUAAAUUAUUCUUGUGCAGCUGGUUAAAGCUGCAACUUUUUAAUUUUUAAAAAAAUAAUAUUUCCUGUUCUUUCUUAGCAGCAGGAAUAUCAUUUUGUGCCGAUCUGUCUUUAAAGUUCAGACGCUGUGUGUGAAUGUAUGAUAAUAAUUCAUCUUGAACAUACAAUAAAACAGAAUCCUGUUUUGA